UUUCCUUGCGAAUAGACGUCGCUAGUCGGCCGCGUAAGGUGUAUUUUUGGUACGGGAGAUUUUCCGUUUGUUUUCAACUUUAAAAGUCUCAUUUUUGGCUUUUUUUAACCGUUAUCAUCAGUUAUUUUGCGGGAGAACAUACAUUAGUUUGAACUUUGGCCCUCAACAAACAAUUUGGCUCUGUUUAUUGCAUUUGAAAUGCCCUUUGACGUCUGACGUGUUUUGAUUUCGGUGAAAAGAAAUUGAUGGAGGAUGAAACGAGUGUAAUGCAUCAAGCAAUAGUGGAUUUCUUCGUUUAAAAGCAUUUAUUGAAUUUUCUCGAGUUGGUCGGGGAAUUUGGUUUUGAAUCCCGUACAUAAUUGUGUUUUUCUUUUCAUUGUGCAUUCAAGUGUAUAAAAAAGUGGAUUGCAGAAAAGAAAUUUCGUUACACUGCAAAAAAGUGGAAACGUAAAUUAAUGAAGGUGCUGAUUUUGCUCCAUUGAAGGCUUUUCGAGUGAAAAUUUGAGCGUGCAAAGUGAAGGAGUUUACUACUGUUGGAAAAAGAUUUCGGAGUGAGCCACAACCGACCGUGCAGUGAAAUAAGUAAGCUGUCAAAAUGAAUAAAUCCUGCGCCCGGUGCCAGAAAGUGGUCUAUCCCAUCGAGGAACUCAAGUGUCUGGAUAAGACAUGGCACAAAACAUGUUUCAAAUGUCAUGAAUGUGGCAUGACACUAAACAUGAAAACAUACAAAGGUUUCAACAAACUUCCAUACUGUGAAGCACACAUCCCAAAAGCCAAAGCCACCACAAUUGCAGAGACUCCGGAAUUGAAACGGAUAGCGGAGAACACCAAAAUUCAGUCCAAUGUCAAAUAUCAUGCGGAUUUCGAAAAGCAGAAAGGGAAGGUCACUCAGGUCGCUGAUGAUCCCGAAACACUGCGAAUCAAGCAAAACACGAAAAACAUUUCCAACGUAGCCUACCACGGGGACUUACAGAAGAAAGCUGCCAUGGAAAGACAAAGAGAAUGUACAGAAAUUAUCGAUAGUAAAGACAAUAACGAGUUGGAAUCGGAAUACUUUUCCGAGCAAUUGGCAGCCGAAUCGCUUCCCCAUUAUCAACCACCUCCCCCACCACCGGUUGUGGCACCAGCAUCACACUCGUUGUCCCAGGCCUCGAUGACCGGCUCGUCUUCGUCAUUAUCGUCAAUGGGUCCCAGCGCAACUGCCGCUGCCAAUCCGACAGCUGCCGUAUCACAGCAGGCACAAAUAACUCCGACCUCAACGCUUACCAAGCACAAUCUGAGCAACCUAAAUCAGGCUCAAAACAACUAUCAACCAUCACAGGUGUACCAAGUGACCAACAAUAACUACAGCAAAGCGGGUUAUGGUGGCGCCCAGGUUCCUCCGCAACCUUACCAACAAGCUCCUACUCAGCCGCAGUCCAACCACUACCAUCACAAUAGCAAUAGUAGCAGCAACAGUAGCACUCAUGCAAAUGAUUUGGUGCGUCAAACAGUGCUGCAAAGCUCGCAAGCUCCUUCGGGAGGAAUGAUGAACAAUCAAAAGUAUUAUGACCCAUACGAUAAUUAUGCUCGGCCAAACCCGAAUGCCGCUAUGGUAAACAAUAACAACAACUACAACGCUCACUAUCAUCAUAGUCAGCAGCAAGCUGGAGUUGCUGGAGGUGGUGGGGGCGGCAGCGACCGAAGCAAUGGCUCUGCUCACAAUUACCACCAUAUGCAACAUCAUCACGCGCAACAUCACCAGCAAGGUGAUGGCGGUUAUACCCACUCGCAACAGCAACAACAUCAACGAUACAACGGACAGCAACAGCAACAAUACGCACAGCAACAAUAUCAAUAUAAUAACGGUAAUGUGGUCAACGCCAAUGGAGGCAACAUUGGCAAGAUUGCCGACUACGAUCCGCUAACUGAUGGACCGAGGAACGUUCCACAGCCGAACCGACAGAGUGCGACACUGAUCUACAGUUCCGGAAGCCUAAAUGCGAAUAACAACCGAAGAAUUGGAUCUGUAAAUGACAUCGAUCCGGUGAAUGGUUACUAUGGCUCAAUUGCAUCGGAAACCCAACAACAGCAGCAACAACAACAACAACAACAACAACAACAGCAGCACAAUGCCAUGUACCAUCAUCAACAUCAACAUCACCAGCAACAACAACAACAGCUGUAUCAACAACAACAGCAGCAGCAGCAACAACAACAACAGAGACAAUCGCACCUUCAACAACAACAACAACAACAACAACAAGCACAGUCACAAUACAUUCAACCACCUCAACAGUUCAGUGCUCCAACGUCAACUCCGGUUGCGAAACCUAUGGGUAAAGUGCGUGUGUACCGAGCACUGUACGACUAUGAGGCCCAGGAUAGUGACGAGGUUGGCUUCACCGAGGGUGAUCUGAUCAUCGAAGUGAACUCGAUCGAUUCCGGCUGGAUGACGGGACGAGUAGAGCGAACGGGCCAAACCGGUAUGCUACCAGCAAACUACGUCGAAUUGGUCAAAAUAUAAGUCAAUCCGAUCGUUGUUGCAAUGUCCUCGUAAGCACAUCUAGAUCGAAGGUAACGCGUAGGUACCAGACGAUGAUCGGCGAGACCUGAAAUGUCAAGAAUACGACGCAUUCGGAAUAAUGAUGAUGCAGAAUUUUGCGAUUACAAUAUUACCAAUCUUAUAGUUUCCUUGUCUAGUGUAAAAAGAAGAAAAAAAAUGAGCUAAUUUAAAUUACUCUACAACUAAUUUACGAUACAUAGUGGGAAAAAUUGCGGACAGCAUAUGUUUUUAAUUUUAUUUUCUUGUUAUUAUUUUGAUAUUCGCGUUAUUUUCUUAAACAAUCAAAUAUAAAGUCAUUUUCAGCGAAAGGUGCUGAAUUUAUUUUAGCGAGUCUAAAGGCGGCUUAAUAUUGUUGAAUUAAAACGAAUGUUAUAAAACCAACUAACUUUGCAGCAUUUAUUGAUACUGUAAACAUUCUCAGUCUAUACAUGUAUUCGUCAGUAAAUUCGAAUAGAUUCGCAUAGCACUAGUAUAUUCGCAAAAUACCGUAUUAUUCGACUGGAGUAACUUACAGGAGACUAAGUAGAAUCGUGCCUUUGUUUAACGUAAUGUAACUCCCUUUUGGAUGCAAUUUUUAUAGUAGCAAUUAUACAGGUUUUUUAGAAAAAGGCUAAACAAAAUUGAACGUCAUUUAAGAUAUGAGCUUCCGUUUGUUGUAUACAGAUUCUGUGAUAGAUGAAUGUGUAUUCAAAAAAUAUCUUUCGGCCUAUAAUUCUCUAUUACAAUUUCCAUUGGCUCAGUUAAGGACAUUCAAGCAAAUAAAAUUUUACAACUUCCACAUAGAAAUAUCUAGUGAUUGUUUGUGUCAUUCGUUUAAUUCAGCAUACUAAUUGUUAAUAAUAGCAAACAAGAACGAAGUAAAAAUUUACUUGCUAGUUUUAGACACAAUCGUAUGGCAACACGCAAAUUUACUACGUACAUAUACACACAUUUGAAUAUAUUUUACUCCUUUUCAAGCAAGCUAAUUUAUAAUAUAACAACCCAAGUCAAUAAGCAACACAUAUACAAGUGCUACUGUUAGACAAGCAAGGAAAAUGUUGUAACUCUAGGAAUAAUACUGGAGAGAAAAUCAAAGAGCUAAAAUCAAACUCUCUGUU